AUGAAGACCUGGGAAUUUAUCAUCACACCACCCGAAAAACGACCCGAGAACGUAGGUGAAUCAUCGUGGAACCGUGCCUGCUCAAGUAAAAACGAUGGCAUGCAGUCGUUGCGAUUUUGGGGGUUCCCCAACACUAACGAAUUGCUUAGAGUUGCUAUUAAUGAGGGAGCAUGUGGUGAGCGAAUGCCCAGGGUUAUAGGUGUUAUUGACUGUACCCAUGUAAAAAUAACAAAACCAUCUAUUCACGGUGAUGAAUACGUGAACAGAAAAGGGGUAUGCUCAAUAAAUGUUCAAGCUACUUGUAAUGCUCGAGAAAUGUUUACAAGUGUCGAUGCAUAUUGGCCAGGCUCCGUACACGAUAGUCGCAUUUGGCGAAACUCCAUAGUGCAUGGAAUUAUGUAUAAUAAUGUGCACGAAGCAGCUUUAUUAGGUGAUGAAGGAUAUGGUGUUGCCCCGUGGUUAUUGACACCAUAUAGAAAUCCAACUACACCAAUGCAAGAAAAUUAUAAUUGA